AUGUGGGGAGUGCGGGGGGUUGUCUGCCCGUAUUACACCUGUGACGGAGAUCGGCGGGGGCACGCUGUUGCUCCUCGUCAAGGUGGAGGAGGAGGCGCGCCAGCCGAGGAGGCGCCGUCGUUUGCCGAGGAGUGCUUGAAGCCCAUUCUGUGUGACGUGGGGGAGUUUCUGUGUCAUGACCAGCUGACCUGUGUCUCAGAGAAGUGGCUGUGCGAUGGCGAGCCCGACUGCCCAGACGAGUCUGACGAAACGCUGGACCAGUGUGCAGCAGAGGUGACUGUGCGAUGUCCACUCAAUCACAUACAGUGCAUCGGCACAAGAAAGUGCAUCCACUUCAACAAGUUGUGCAACGGAGCAAAAGACUGCCCAGACGGCUUCGAUGAGGGGGUGCACUGUAGAGAGCUGCUGUCGGCGUGUCAUGAGCUGCAUUGCCGGUACGGCUGCAUCAUGAUGAGGAACGGCACCUUCUGCUUCUGCGCCGACGGCUUCGAGGUGGGAGACGACGGCAAGAGCUGCAGAGACCAUGAUGAAUGUGCGGUGUACGGGUCGUGCAGUCAGUCCUGCGCUAACACGUACGGCUCAUACAGAUGCAGUUGUGCAGAUGGCUAUGCCCUCCAGGCAGACGGAAGGUCCUGUACAGCCAAACAUGAGCCGGGCGGGACCCCUCCAGUGCUGCUGCUUGGUACGAUGGAUGGUGUGUCGGUGGCCCAGCUGGACGGCUCGCCCCCGCAAGCGCUGCGGCGUCUAGACGGAAACGGCACGGGCGGCCUGGACUUCAGCGCCGCCGACGAGUCUGUGUGCUGGGUGACGUCGUCCUCGGAAGCGUCGGGCGCGCACCUCCGCUGCGGACGCCUGAAGAAGCUCAGCGGCGUCUGGGGGGAGAGGGAGGUCAAGACCACACAGAGCCUGCAGAAUGUGGAGCAUAUGGCCAUCGAUUGGUUCACGGGAAACUUCUAUUUCAUGGACCGCGUGAGCGACAGGAUAUUUGUUUGUAACUCGGCCGGAGACACGUGUGUGACGGUCAUCGAGGUGGACCUGGUAAACCCAAAAAGCAUGGCUCUGGACCCAUCUGUAGGGAUGCUCUUCUUCACGGACUACGGGGGCACGGCCAAGGUGGAGAGGUGCAACAUGGACGGCACCAACCGGACCCGGAUAGUGGAUUAUAAGAUCGAGCAGCCCACAGCCAUCACGCUGGACUUGGUUAAAAAGCUUGUGUACUGGGCCGAUGCCUACUUGGAUUACAUCGAGGUGGUGGAUUACAACGGCAAGAACAGACUGACCAUCAUCCACGGGACGCAGGUGUCCUACGUGUAUGGAUUAUCUGUCUUCGAGGACUACCUCUACGCCACCCAUGCCGAGGAGCCGCAGGGGUCGUCCGUGGACAUCUUGCGGAUACACCGGUUCAACGUCACAGACCCCGAGAUCCUGACCCAUGCGGGGAACUCCAGGCUUAUCCGUGUUUACCAUAAGCUUAGGCAGCCGAAAGUCAGGAGCCACGCCUGUGAAGUGGACCCGUACGGGAAGCCCGGCGGCUGUUCGCACAUCUGCCUGCUGAGCGGGAGCUACAAGUCCAGGACCUGCCGCUGCCGAACGGGCUUCAGCCUGGGAGGGGACGGACAGUCCUGCAAACGGCCGAAGAACGAGCUGUUCCUGUUUUACGGCAAGGGGCGACCCGGGAUCGUCCGUGGGCUGGGGCUGAGUGCCAAGUCCAGCAGCGAGCACAUGGUCCCCAUCGAGGAUCUGGUCAACCCCCGAGCGCUGGACUACCACGCCGAAACGGGCCACAUCUACUUCGCUGACACCACUAGCUUCCUGAUUGGCCGGCAAAAGAUUGAUGGGAGUGGCCGAGAAACAAUCCUCAAUAUAGACCUGGAUAAUGUGGAGGGAAUAUCAGUGGACUGGAUUGGGAAUAACCUGUACUGGACCAACGAUGGCUACCGGAAAACCAUCAGUGUGGCCCGACUGGAGCGGGCCGCGGAAACCAGGAAAACCCUUUUGGAAGGGGACAUGUCACACCCCAGGGCUAUAGUGGUGGACCCUCUGAACAGUUGGAUGUACUGGACGGACUGGGAGGAGGACGAGGUGAACGACAGCAUCGGCAGGAUCGAGAAGGCGUGGAUGGACGGCUCCAACAGGAGGAUAUUUGUGACGUCCAACAUGCUUUGGCCCAACGGCCUCACACUGGACCACGGCACAAGCUCUAUGUACUGGUGUGAUGCCUACUACGACCACAUAGAGAAGAUCUACCUCAAUGGCACAGGGCGAAUGGUGGUGUACAAUGGCAAGGAGCUGAAUCACCCUUUCGGGAUCUCUCACUACCGCAGCUCCAUCUUCUGGACGGAGUACAUGAACGGCUCCAUCUUCCAACUGGACCUGGCCUCCGGAGACGUCAACCUGCUGAGGAGCGAGCGGCCGCCGCUCUUCGGCCUGCGCGUGUUUGAUGCUCAGUCUCAGAUAGGUGACAACGCCUGCAGGGUGAACUAUGGGGGUUGUAGUACCCUCUGUUUGGCUAUCCCAGGGGGCAGAGUGUGUGCUUGUGCUGACAACCAGCAACUGGAUAAAAACAAUGUCACCUGCACAGCGUCGUCCGGGGAGACAGCACCGCAGAGGUGUCUUAGUGACGAGUUCCAGUGUCGAAACCAGCGCUGCAUCCGGAUUUCGUGGAAAUGCGACGGUGACGACGACUGUCUAGACGGAAGCGAUGAAGAUCACAAUGUCUGCUACAACCACAGCUGUCCCGCGGACCAGUUCAAGUGCCCGACUAAUCGCUGCAUUCCCAAGAGGUGGCUGUGCGACGGAACAGACGACUGCGGGGACAACGAGGACGAGUCCAACUCCACCUGCUCAGUCUCUCGCCCAUGCCAGCCUGGCCAGUUCUCCUGUGCCAACGGUCGCUGCAUCCCGGAAGUGUGGCGCUGUGACCAGGAGGAUGACUGCGGGGACAAGUCGGAUGAGACGACGUCAUGUGUGUUCCCAACCUGCGACCCACUCACCCAGUUCAGCUGUGCCAACGGAAGGUGCAUCAGUGUGAAAUGGCACUGCGAUUCAGACGAGGACUGCGGCGACGGCAGUGACGAGGCGGACUGCGCCCAGUCGUGCUCCAACACCCAGUUCCGCUGCACCAGCGGCCGCUGCAUCCCCAACAACUGGGCCUGCGACGGCGACAACGACUGCGGCGACUUCAGCGACGAGAACGCCACCUGCUCCGGCGCCAUGCCAGGUGCGGGCUGCAGCGUGGACGAGUUCCACUGCCGCGCCGACGAGACGUGCAUCCCGGAGCGCUGGCGCUGCGACGGAGACAAGGACUGCGAGGACGGCAGUGACGAGACCAGCUGCCAGGGCACCCGCAGGAUGUGCGACCCCGUCGCCAAGUUCACCUGCAAGACCACAGGGAAGUGCAUCAGCAAGAGCUGGGUGUGCGACGGCGACAGCGACUGCGAGGACCGCUCGGACGAGGAGGCGUGCAGCGAUGCCAUCUGCAAGCCCCCCGGGCACCCCUGCGCCAACGACUCCUCCUCCUGCCUGCCCCCGGAGAAGAUCUGCGACGGCAGGAGGGACUGCGCCGACCAAUCAGACGAAGGCCCCUUCUGUGACAAAUGCAGGCAGGCCAACGGCGGCUGCAGUCACCAGUGCUCCGUAGUCCCGGGCAAGGGGGCGGUGUGCUCCUGUCCCACGGGCCUCCAUCUUGGCUCCGACAACCGCAGCUGCGAGGUGGUGGACUACUGCAGCAGGCACCUGAAGUGCAGCCAACGCUGCGAGCAGCAGAAGACGGUGGUCAAGUGCUCCUGCUACCCGGGCUGGAGCCUGGGCCCGGACGGAGAGAGCUGCCACAGCACAGAUCCCUUCGAGCCGUUCAUCAUCUUCUCCAUCCGGCACGAGAUCAGACGCAUCGACCUCCACAAGCGGGACUACAGCCUGCUGGUGCCGGGCCUGCGGAACACCAUCGCCCUGGACUUCCACUUCAACCGCAGCCUGCUCUACUGGACCGACGUGGUGGAGGACAAGAUCUACCGCGGCAGGCUGUCGGACACGGGAGGUGUGACGGGGAUUGAGGUGGUUGUCCAGCACGGUCUGGCCACUCCAGAGGGUUUGGCGGUGGACUGGAUCGCAGGGAACCUGUACUGGAUCGACAGCAACCUGGACCAGAUCGAGGUGGCCAAGCUGAACGGGGACAUGCGCACCACGCUGAUUGCGGGAGGCAUGGAGCAUCCCAGGGCCAUCGCCGCGGACCCAGGGGAAGGAAUCCUGUUCUGGACGGACUGGGACGCCACAUUCCCGCGGAUCGAGGCGGCCUCCAUGAGCGGCGGCGGCAGGCACGUGGUGUUCCGGGACAUGGAGAUCGGCGCCUGGCCCAACGGCCUCACGCUGGACCACCAGGAGAGGAGGAUGGUGUGGACAGAUGCCCGAAACUGUGUCAAGGGUGUUGGGAAACAUGGUGGCACACCACACCACGUUAACCCCUCGCUGGCAGAUGGCGCCGCCGUGGCACGUGAACAUAUCAACAUGGCAGACGUCAGGAAACUCAGAUCGCGGCCAGGUGUGGGGGGCAGCGCGAGGCGUAACGCGCCGCAGAGACUCGAGACCACAUCUGGCGCCGGCCGAGCGUCUAACCCGUGCGAGGGCAGCGACGGCAGGGGGCCGUGCUCUCACCUGUGCCUGAUCGACUACAACCGCACCGCCUCCUGCGCCUGUCCCCACCUCAUGAAGCUGGCGCCCAACAAGCGCUCCUGCACCGCGCUGAAGAAGUUCCUUCUGUACGUGAGGCGAACAGAGAUCCGCGGAGUGGACCUGGAGAACCCCUACCUGAACAUCAUGACCGCCCUGACGGUCCCCGACAUCGACGACGUGACCGUGGUGGACUACGACGCCCUGGAGGAGAGGAUCUACUGGGCCGACGUCAAGACCCAGACCAUCAAGCGGGCCUUCAUCAACGGAACCUCCCUGGAGACGGUUAUCUCUGGAGAUAUCGUGAACUGCCGCGGCCUGGCGGUGGACUGGCUGUCGAGGAACAUGUAUUGGCUGAGCUCGGAGAACGACGAGACCCAGAUCAAUGUGGCCCGUCUGGACGGCUCGUUAAAAGCCACCGUCAUCCACGGCAUCGACAAGCCGCGCUGCCUCGCCGUGCACCCCACCAAAGGCAAAAUCUACUGGACAGAUGGGAGCACCAUAAACCUGGCCAACAUGGACGGCAGCAACAGGAAGGUGCUUCAUCAGAAUCAGAGGGACCCAGUUGGUCUCUCCAUAGACUUCUCUGCCAGUAAGCUGUACUGGAUCAGCUCGGCCAAUGGGACCAUCAACCGGUGCAGCCUGGACGGCACAGGCUUUGAGGUCAUGGAGACCAUGAAGAGGGAGCUGACCAAAGCCACGGCGCUGGCCGUCAUGGGUGGCCGACUGUGGUGGGCAGACGAUGACUUGGCCCAGCUUGGCACCGUCGCCAAGAGAGACGGCCGCAACAUGGUCGUGCUGAGGAACAAGACCAGCGGCGUCGUCCACAUGAAGGUGUACGACCGCGACGGGCAGAAAGGACGGAACCCCUGUCAGACGAACAAUGGCGGCUGUGCCCAGCUGUGUCUGCCCACCUCCGAGAGCUCUCGCAGCUGCGCCUGCACCGUCGGCUACAACCUGCGCACCGACCGCAUGUCCUGCGAAGGUGUGGGCUCGUUCCUGAUGUACUCGGUGCACGAGGGCGUGCGUGGCAUCUCGCUGGACCCCGCCGACGCCUCCGAGACCCUCAUGCCCGUCACAGGCACCCUGUUCGCCGUGGGCGUCGACUUCCACGCAGCCAAUGACACAAUCUACUGGACGGACAUGGGGAUGAACCGCAUCUCGCGGGCCAAGCGAGAUCAGACCUGGAAGGAGGACAUCAUCACGACAGGCAUCAGCCGAGUGGAGGGCAUCGCCGUCGACUGGAUCGCUGGAAACAUCUACUGGACUGACCACGGCCUCAAUCUGAUCGAGAUCGCUCGCCUGAAUGGUCUGUAUCGCUCAGUGGUGAUCUCCGAGGGUCUCGACCAACCCCGAGCUAUCGCUGUGCACCCACAGAGAGGGUACCUGUUCUGGACGGAGUGGGGUAAGAACCCGUGCAUUGGCAGGGCCCGUCUGGAUGGGUCCGAUCAAGUCACCAUGGUUACAACUGGCAUAGGUUGGCCCAACGGAAUCUCCAUCGACUUUGAGGAAAACCGAUUAUACUGGUGCGACGCCCGCACAGACAAGAUCGAGCGCAUCGACCUUGAGACCGGCGAGAGCCGCGAGGUCGUGAUGGCCGCCGCCAACGUGGACCUGUUCUCCGUGGCCGUCUUCGGCGCCUACCUCUACUGGUCCGACAGAGCCCAUGCCAACGGCUCCAUCCGCAGGGGCGCCAAGCGCGAUGCCUCGGACGUGGUCACCAUGCGGAGUGGCCUCGGAGUCAACCUGAAGGACGUCAAAGUCUUUAGUCGAGGCCGGGAGAAAGGAACUAACCCGUGCGCCCGUAGCAACGGUGGCUGCCAGCAGCUCUGUUUCCACCUGGGCAGCGGACGACGCACCUGUGCGUGUGCCCACGGCUACCUGGCGGAGGACGGCUUCGCCUGCCAGCGCUACGAGGGCUACCUGCUCUACUCGGAGCGCACCAUCCUCAAGAGCAUCCACCUGUCGGACGAGAGCGACCUCAACUCGCCCGUGCAGCCCUUCGAGAACCAGGCCUACUUCAAGAACGUCAUCGCCCUGGCGCUGGACUACCGGCAGGAGAGCGCCGGCAGCAACCGCGUCUUCUUCAGCGACAUCCACUACGGAAACAUCCAGAUGGUCAACGACGACUGGACAGGAAGGAGAGUCAUUGUCGAGAACGUGGGCUCAGUGGAGGGCCUGGCCUACCACCGCGGCUGGGACACCAUCUACUGGACCAGCUCCACCACCUCCAGCAUCAGCCGGCACGGCGUGGACCAGAGCCGCAACGGGGCCUUCCGCCGCCAGGCCGUCGUCACUAUGUCCGAGGACGACCACCCGCACAUGCUUGCGCUGGACGAGUAUGUCACGUGUGCCUCCUCCGAAACCUCUUGCCAGGACGGGGCCUGCGUUCCGAUCUCCGCCUGGUGCAACCAGGUCAUGGACUGCGCCGACGCCUCCGACGAGAAGAGCUGCAAUAACAGCGAGUGCUCGGACUUCUUCCGGCUGGGUGCGGCGGAGCAGGGCUUCGUCAGCUGCAACAGCACGUCCCUGUGCGUGCACCCGUCCUGGAUCUGCGACGGUGCCAACGACUGCGGCGACUACGCCGACGAGACCAACUGCCAGGUGACCCAGGGGAGCCGGUGUGAGGAGGGGCACUUUGCCUGCCCCAGUGGCAACUGCAUCUCCAGCGUGUGGCUGUGCGACGGACAGAAGGACUGCGAGGACGGAGCCGACGAGUUCCAGUGUGACUCAUCGUGCCUGUGGAACCAGUUUGCCUGCUCCAAGAACAAGUGCAUUGCCAAGCAGUGGCUGUGUGACGGAGAAGACGACUGUGGUGACGGAGUGGACGAGAGCGAGGAGAUGUGUGGCUCCGUGACGUGUGCCCCCGGCCUGUUCAGCUGCCCGGGCUCCUAUGCCUGCGUGCCCAAGCGCUGGCUCUGCGACGGAGAGAGGGACUGCCCCGAUGGCAGCGACGAGUUGGCAGCGGCCGGCUGUGCCCCUAACAACACCUGUGAUGAGAAUUCCUUCCGCUGCCGGAACAAAGCGUGCAUUCCCAAGCGCUUCGUCUGUGACCAUGACAACGACUGCGGCGAUGGCUCCGACGAAUCAGUGGAGUGUGUGUACCGCUCCUGUGGUCCAGAGGAGUUCCGCUGUGCUGACGGCCGUUGUCUCCUCAGUGCCCAGUGGGAAUGCGACGGUCACCUCGACUGCCCUGACCACUCCGACGAGCUGCCCCGCAACCUCAAAUGCCUUGCUGCAGAGAGCCUGUGCAACGGCUCCUUCUUCAUGUGCUCCAACGGCCGCUGCAUCUCGGAGAGCAGCCUGUGCGACCAGAAGGACGACUGCGGCGACCGCUCGGACGAGAAGAACUGCAACGUCAACGAGUGCCUGAACCGCCGCGUCAGCGGCUGCACGCAGGACUGCCAGGACCUGACCGUAGGCUACAAGUGCAAGUGCUGGCCGGGCUUUCGCCUGAAGAACGACGGCAAGACGUGCGUGGACAUCGACGAGUGCACCUCCACGCCGCCCUGCAGCCAGAGCUGCGUCAACACCUACGGCUCCUACAAGUGCUCGUGCGUGGACGGCUACGAGGCCAACAAAAACAACCCGGACAGCUGCAAGUCCAUCUCAGCCGAGGAGCCUCUUCUCAUCCUCGCCGACCAUCACGAGAUCAGGAAGUUGAGCAUCGACGGAUCCAACUACACGCUGCUCAAACAGGGCCUCAACAACAUCAUCAGCAUAGACUUUGACUACAGGAAAGAGUUCAUCUACUGGAUAGACUCCACCAGACCCAGCGGACGCAAGAUCAACCGGAUGCGGCUUAAUGGCAGCGACCUCAAGAUUGUUCACAGGACGGCGGUGCCCAGCUCGUUGGCGGUGGACUGGAUCGGGAAGAACCUGUACUGGUGUGACGUCGAGAGGAAGACCCUGGAGGUGUCCAAGUCCAACGGCCUGUACCCCACCGUGCUGGUCAGUGCUGGGAUGAAAAACCCCACCGACAUCGCCUUGGACUCACAGAUCGGGUAUGUGUUUUGGAUCGACUGUUGCGAAAACUCGCACAUCGGACGAGUGGGCAUGGAUGGAAGUGGACAGGUGGUCAUCAUCGACAAGGAGAUCUAUAGCCCCACCGCCCUGGCCAUCGACUACACCAACAAGAGGCUCUACUGGGCCGACGACAGCCACAUUCUUUUCGCAAACAUGGACGGAACGCACCGGCACAAGGUCCCCCACGAGCACAUCCAGACGGUGAUGGGCUUGACCCUGUUCGAGGACUUCAUCUACUGGACGGACGGCAAGUCCAAGUCGCUGCGGCGCGCGCACAAGACCACGGGCGAGCACGGCAUCGAGCUGCUCAACUCCUGGCAGGCCAUCGAGUCCAUAACGGUGUACCACCCACUGCGCCAGCCCGAAGUUCAGAAGCACCAGUGCCAAGUGGCCAACGGAGGGUGCAGCCACCUGUGCCUGCUGUCUCCAGGUGGUGCGCACAGGUGUGCCUGCCCCACUAAUUUCUACCUGGCGGCCGACAACAAGACCUGCCUGUCCAACUGCACCGCCAGCCAGUUUCGCUGUGGGACAGACGAGUGUAUUCCCUUCUGGUGGAAGUGUGACACCGUGGACGACUGCGGCGACGGUUCGGACGAGCCUGCGGACUGCCCGGAGUUUAAAUGUCAGCCGGGGCGCUUCCAGUGCGGCACGGGUCUCUGCGCCCUCCCGCCCUUCAUCUGCGACGGCGAGAACGACUGCGGCGACAACUCGGACGAAGCCAACUGUGACACGUAUAUCUGCCUGUCGGGGCAGUUCAAGUGCGCGCGGAAACAGAAGUGCAUCCCGCUCAACCUGCGCUGCAACGGCCAGGACGACUGUGGAGACGGAGAGGACGAGACCGACUGUCCUGAGAGCACCUGCUCCCCCGACCAGUUCCAGUGCAAGACCACCAUGCACUGCAUCUCCAAGCUGUGGGUGUGUGACGAGGACCCGGACUGCGCCGACGGCUCCGACGAGGCCAACUGCGAUGAGAAAACGUGCGGACCUCAUGAGUUCCGCUGCGAGAACAACAACUGCAUCCCGGACCACUGGAGGUGCGACAGCCAGAAUGACUGUGGAGAUAACUCAGACGAGCAGAACUGCAAGCCAGUGACCUGUAACCAUAAGGACUUCGCCUGUGCCAACGGCGAUUGCAUCUCCGCACGCUUCCGCUGUGAUGGCGACUAUGACUGUGUCGAUAAUUCAGAUGAGAAGGACUGUGAGACGCGCUGUGCUGAGGACCAGUUCCAGUGCCACAACAACCUGUGCAUCUCCCUCAAGUGGCUCUGCGACGGCCAGGAGGACUGCAAGACCGGCGAGGACGAGAAGGACUGCCAGGAGACAGAGACAGUGGUUCCCUCCUGUUCCCUGAACGAGUACGUGUGUGCCAGUGGGGGGUGUGUGCUGGCCAGCCUGCGGUGUGACGGACAUGACAACUGUCUGGACGGAUCUGACGAGACGGAUUGCGUGAAGGAGUGCAAGGAGGACGAGUUCCUGUGUCGGAAUCAUGCCCACUGUAUUCCGAAGAGGUGGCGCUGCGAUGACGUCUACGACUGCGUGGAUCACAGUGACGAGGAAAACUGCGAGCAGGGUGCUUUCUUCUGCCGGCCGGACGAGUUCAUUUGUAACAACACGUUGUGUAAGCUGCACGCAUGGGUGUGUGACGGAGAAGACGACUGCGGAGACAACUCCGACGAGAGCCCGGACAUGUGCGCCAAACUUCCGUGCCCCCCUACCAGGCCUUACAAGUGCAGGAACGGACGGGUGUGCCUGCGUCUGGACCAGGUCUGCAACAAAGUGGACGACUGCGGCGACAACUCCGACGAGGACGAAUGUGAGGUGAUAUCGGGCCGCCCCAAGCCGUGUGGAAAGACGGAGUUUACGUGCGCGAACCAGCACUGUGUCCCCUUGCAGAUUCAGUGUGAUCUGUUUGAUGACUGUGGAGAUGGAUCAGACGAAAGAGACUGCAAAGCCAGUAAGUCGGAGUAUCUGUGCGGGAAGAGGACCAAUCCGUGUGGCGAGGAGGCCGUUUGCAAUCAGACAAACACCAAUGCAAUUUGCCAGUGCAAGCCUGGCUUUGUGAGGGACCAGGGCAGCAGGCAGUGUGAAGAAAUUGAUGAGUGCCUGCAAUUUGGCUCUUGUUCCCAUUAUUGCACAAACACUAAGGGAUCAUAUAAGUGCACUUGUGACCGUAACUUUAGAGAGAUCAAUGGGAACUGUGUAGCAAAAGGACCAGAAGAUCGAGUGCUCAACCUAGCUAAUGACACUGAAAUCCGAAGUUUUGUGUAUCCAUUUAACCAGAGCCAUGGACACAAACUGCUCACUCGCAUCGAGGAAAAUGCCCGCAUCAUCGGGAUGGAUGCUCUGUUGCACCAACAAAAGUUUAUCUGGGCUACCCAGUUUAACCCGGGUGGACUUUUUUACAGAGAAAUGUCUGACAGAAGUCAGAUUAAAACUAAUGUCGGGAUCAUAUGUCCAGACUUCAGGAGGCCCAGAGACGUGGCGGCGGAUUGGGUGACGGGGAACAUCUACUGGACGGAUCACUCGCGGAUGCACUGGUUCAGCUAUUACACGGCCCACUGGACCAAACUGAGAUACUCCAUUAACGUGGGCCAGCUCAAAGGGCCCAACUGCACGCGGCUGAUAACGGACAUCGCCGGCGAGCCGUACGCCAUCGCGGUCAAUCCAGCCAGAGGAAUGAUGUACUGGUCAGUUAUUGGUGACCGGUCGCACAUUGAAGAGUCUGCCAUGGAUGGCUCUUUACGCAGGGUGCUGGUGGAUAAGAAACUAAGGAGACCCACAGGUCUGGCUAUUGAUUACUUCAACCAGCGUCUGUACUGGGCCGAUGCAGAGCUGGCUACCAUCGGCAGUGUGCGGUUUGAUGGCUCUGAUCCCCAGGAGUCGAUCGGGGGCAAACACGGGAUCCCCAAUCCAUAUCGAAUCGAUUUGUUUGAGGACUUCAUCUACGGAACGGGCCUGAAGAACGAGGUCUUCCGGAUACACAAGUAUGGGAAAGGCCCCAUGGAGCUUCUGGAUCUGGGCGUGGAGAAGGCCACAAACAUCAUGGUGUCCCACCGCUACAAGCAGCAGGAGGGAUUGGCGAACCCCUGCCUGAAGAUGUUGUGCAGCUUCAUGUGUCUGCUGAACCCCACGGGCGCCAGGUGUGUGUGCCCCGAGGGCAAGGCCCUCAUCAACGGCUCCUGCAUCGACCCCAACAUCUCAGGUGACCUGUGUCGGCCUGCCUGUGAGAACGGAGGCCGGUGCCUGGCCAAUGAGAAGGGGGGCCUGCGCUGCUACUGCUGGCCAGACUUCUCCGGGGAGCGCUGUGAGGUCAACCACUGCACCGACUACUGCCUCAACGGAGGCACCUGCGUGGGCUCCCCGCUGGGCCGGCCCACGUGUCGCUGUGUGAUGGGCUUCACCGGCGUCAACUGCGAGCGGCGCGUCUGCGACAAUCACUGCCUGAACGGCGGCACGUGCGAGGUCAGCGCCGGCAACCAGCCCACGUGUCGCUGCCUGGCCGAGUACACCGGGGACCGCUGCCUCUACCACAUCUGCCAUCACUACUGCGUGCACUCCAAGGCCUGCACCCUGUCCAGCACGGGCCACGUGGAGUGUGUGUGUCCGGCCCGCUACGAGGGCAACAAGUGCGACGUCGACAAGUGCCAGAGAUGUCACGGAGCGCCAUGCAUAAUAGAUAGCGACACCGGGGAGGUGGCCUGCAACUGCACGACGGGCAGAAUAGCACCCAGCUGUCAGCUCUGUGAUGGCUACUGCUACAACGGGGGCACCUGUCACCUGGAUCCAGACACAAAUCUGCCCUUCUGCCAGUGCUCAGCUAAUUGGUCAGGUACACAGUGUGAGCGGCCGGCGCCUAAGAGCAGUCGCUCUGACAACACCAGCCCAGGAAGCAUAGCAAUCAUUGUGCCCCUCGUGCUGCUGGUGAUUCUGAUAACAACGGUGGUGGCUGGCGUGUUCAUCUGCAAAAGAAGGCAAAGGGGCAAGCGAGUCCAGAGACAGCCCAUGACCAACGGAGGGCUGAACGUGGAGAUCGGCAACCCGUCCUACAACAUGUACGAGGUGGACCACGACAGCCAUGCCGACGCCGCCGGGAGCCUCCUCAAGCCCAACUUCACUCUUGACCCGCACAAGGUCCGUAUCGUCCGCGGGUCAACCAGCGCUGGCAAGAAACCGUACACUGGCAAACCUAUAUACAUGAAUUCAACAAGCGAAGGCCCAUUUACAAAUGGCCCUAUGAACUACUCAAAUCCUGUCUACGCGAAGAUAUACCUGGACGGACAGAACUGUCGGAAACCAGUCAUCAACAUUGAUGAGCGGAGAGAGCUACUCCCAAAGAAACUAGAGGGCGCUAUUCGAGAGACUGCCGCAUAGCCUGACCUUACGCUUUCUACUCCUUUUUUUACGUCCGUGUAAAAAGUGUAAAAAAGAAAAAACGACAAAAAUAAACAAAGGGAAGGGGAUAAAGACGAGAUUUUUUCUAUUUCCUAUCAGGUUCGGAUAACUCAUUUAGGUUUGUUUUGACAUCAGCAUUACCUCUGUGUCUCUGUGUUCACAGCCCUGGACUUAAUAUUUGUCCGUUAUUAUUUUUUUUUUCUGUUUUUAUUUUCUCUGUUUGUUACUUGUUUUGUUUUGUUUAAUGGACAUACAUAUACUGCACUAUAUAUGAUGUUGAUAUAAGAAGCUGCUCAUUUGCAAAUGAUCUUACUUAUAUAAGUAAACCACAGUAGCAAAUGAAAUCUAUUCGAUUUUUCAUGUUUUGUUAUGAAAUUCGCUUUUGCUACAGUAUGUGGGACAAUAACUUGCUUUCAUGGCUUCCUGUAACUGCAGUUUCUACAAGUGUUAUUUUUACUUUGAAGAGAGCACUUGUUUAAUUGUGCUCUGUUGUGUUAUUCUGAGAAUUCAAAACAAAUGUAUUUUUUGUCUCAAAUGUUUGGUCACCUAUCACUUUUUUUCCUGUUUGCUUUUGCUUCAUCCACAUGCUUUUUGUUUAAACAAAGGCUGUGUUCAUGGUUCGAAAGACCUCGCUCUAGCCAAGCUGUUGUGAUCCAGCUGUGUUGAAUGAACAAACACACAAGCAAACCAACCUCUGUUCAGUUUCCAAUGCAUUGUUUGGCUUUGUCCAGGAUGAUAUAAAAAAAGAAGAAAUGCUGCAUAAAUUCCACGUCUAUAUCCAGUCUAGUCAAGGGAUGUUUUUUUUAAGCAGUUUCAGUUUUACACUUCAUGUGUUCUCUCUUUCUUGCUCUUUCUCUCUCUUGCUCUUUCUCUCUCUUUCUCAUUCUCUCUCUCUCUCUCUCUCUCUCUCUCUCUCUCUCUCUCUCUCUCUCCCUCCCUCCCUCCCAACCUAAGCCUAAGCCUUCAAACCGGUGUGAUGCCAUAGAAAAAAGCUACAUUAUACAUUGUUAAUGGAAAUGUACAGCGUCCACAACGAUAACUGACUCUUGGACUUUGUUUGGUGUCGGCCAUCAGUCACCUGGGAAAUCAGCCUUUCAAAAACGAGCACAUGUGAAUAGUACGCUGACACAUCUAAACCGCUCAAAAUUUCCCCUAGCGGCUCAAAAGCGACUGGAACCCGGACAGUAUUCUCUACGUAACGACAGCUUGUGUAAGUGACGUUUUCCGCUUAUGUCCAGCACAGUGUUUUCACCCAUCCACCAUACGCUUACUACACAAUAAGAUUACUUGGAGAGGACUUGACAUGACCUUACUGUUACAUGGCAAUUUUAGAGUAUUAUAUAUGAAGUCAUUUCAUCUGCUCCUCCAGAGAGAAAGGCGGAUGAACAAAACAGAUUUUAUAAUUUUGUAUUUGAUUUGUAUGUCGUUUGGCUGCUUGUCUUUUGAAGAACUGUAUUAAAUGUAAGUACUUUUAUAUAAAAAAAGUGAAUCAAUAUAAAAUAAAGGCAUUUUAUUUCCA